UACUGCCUUUUUACUAACAUGUUUUGCACAAUGGAACUGUGAUGCUGGAAACUUGAAUUUCCCUCGGGAUCAAUAAAGUUACUAUCUAUCUAUCUAUCUACCUAUCUAUUUAUCUAAUUGUAAAAUACACUAGGUUUUAAGUUGAUCAUACACUAAUUAAACACACUGGUGUAGUGAUUAACUAAUAAAAAAGAUAAAGCACUUCCAGCCUCAACAUAAUGAGAAACAAAAAUGAGCUAUUUAUGAGCCAUGUGAACCACCGUCGAAAGACCAGACAUUACUCACUAACAUCAGUGUUGCACUAAAAUUGGGCACACCAGGCUACCUAAAAGUGUCAAAUCCGCCUUUAAAAACUCUGUGUGUGUGCGUCAAAAAGUGAGUACACCAAUCCUUCACUGUAUUACGGGAUGACACGUGUAUAUGCACUUAAAAAAGCACACAAAGAGUCCUUGUAUGACCAGUGUGGUACCGCGACGUCAGUGUCUCCCUGCUGGCACUGAAGCUGAGCUGGUCGGGGCCAGGCAGCCAGCAGCAGCAGUGACGUCACUCCCUGUCGGCGGCAUCAGAGCAGCACGGACGUUCCAUUCCAUCCGCGCGCAGCAGAGCAGCGAGUCGUUCCAGAACUCUGCGAUAGGAGGAAGAAGACGUUGGUCAACGGCUCAACGGACGGCGACUUUUCCCGCUUCUAUAGCUCAGUGUCUAAGUAACACACCAGGACCACAAGGCUCGAGCGAACACAAGAUGGUGAUUACCAGCGUGGCAUCCCUCAGAAGGACAUUGCCGGCCAUGGACACGGAGAACAGAUGUUCGCAGUGAAGAGGAGUAGACCGGAGAGGAGGUAGUAACAGGUCCUGCGUGCCAACCAAGGUGGGCUUGGAGGUGUGGAGGAGAGCUGAAGAUCAUGGGCAAAUCAAACAGCAAGCUCAAGCCAGAGGUGGUGGAGGAAUUGACAAGGAAAACCUACUUUACAGAGAAAGAGGUGCAACAGUGGUACAAAGGUUUCAUUAAAGAUUGUCCAAGCGGACAGCUGGAUGCGGUGGGCUUUCAGAAGAUUUACAAGCAGUUCUUUCCUUUUGGAGAUCCCACAAAGUUCGCCUCCUUUGUCUUCAAUGUAUUUGAUGAAAAUAAGGAUGGACGCAUCGAGUUCUCUGAGUUCAUCCAGGCCUUGUCAGUGACUUCCCGGGGGACUCUCGAUGAGAAGUUGAGAUGGGCUUUUAAACUCUAUGACCUUGAUAAUGAUGGCUACAUCACCCGAGAUGAGAUGUUGAACAUCGUAGAUGCCAUAUACCAGAUGGUGGGGAACACUGUGGAGCUGCCAGAAGAAGAAAACACACCAGAAAAGCGAGUGGACCGUAUCUUUGCAAUGAUGGACAAGAAUGCAGAUGGGAAGCUGACUCUGCAGGAGUUUCAGGAGGGCUCAAAGGCAGACCCUUCUAUUGUUCAGGCAUUGUCUCUCUAUGAUGGACUUGUGUAGGAAUGUAAGAUGGAUCCAUCUCAGCAUCAGCACGCCAAUCCAGCACCAUCACACCUGCGACGGGAGGAAGAAGCCACAUUUAUCUUGCUUCACCCACCCAGAAGUGGACUGCAAACUUUUUUGUCACACGACCGUACCCGUGUCAAGUAGCUGUUCGUCUACAUUUCCAGUUCGGAUUGUAAACAAAUAUAUCCUCUGACGUGACGGAGAAGUCAAAACAUGUCAGCAAAAACCCUCAUUUAUCCGUGCUUCUGCAGCUAUGUGACACCGCGUACACCCUUGAGUUUGUUGUACGAGCAUUUCUGCAAACGCAGUGUUGUGGUUUCCCCAUGGACAGUCCGAGGAACUGAAUUCCCCCCCUGAAAUGUUUGUGUGUGUGUCUAUUUCACAUACUGUAAACCAGGGGAUGCCAGUGAACCGCUCAGUGGAACUGUGCUGCUGCUUCACCACCACACGGAGAGAGACUAUAAACCCGGGGGAAUCUGGAAAAAUGUGUUACUUGGUGAUAAAGAUGUGAACUCUAACUUGAAGUUACAAAGCAGUAAAGUGUACAUUGUAUAAUGUAAAUAGAAUGGUAAUUUAUUUUCUGCUUUGCUGCGUUUAUGGGAAUUUCCUCAUACGUAUGGAAUGAAGUUUUAUUUUUUAUCAAAAGGUGUUGAAAUGUAUUGCACUGUAUUUUUCAUUAUUGUGGGAUUGUUUUCUUUUCUCACAUUCUGAAGUUUCCUUUUCCUUAGAGGAGAGGGGUUUUAUUUGAAGAAGGAGUCGGGAGUUUUCUAUGGAUUAUUUUACUACGUUUGCAGUCUCUGCAUCCUAUUGUGUUUCUACUCCCCCCCACGUUAGCACUAACGUCUAGUGUCUGCACUGUUGCACAGCCGCAUCCUGAACGACACGACCGAGCAACACAGUUGAAUUCCUGCAGCUCGCAUCUGAACUGAGGCUCAUUUAUUCCUUUUGAGAGCAUCGUACUCCACCCCUCAGUCAGCUCUCACACAAAGCCCCGGUCAUUGAGAGGCACAAACAGACAUCAAUUCUGGUUGUAAAGCUUAUUUGCGAGCUCCUGUGGUUGCGAUUGUCCACUUUUGUAUUUGUCCUGUGUGAGGCCAGAGCAUGUGAUGAUGCCUUUUUUUCCAUUUUUUGAUUGUUUUAGAUACAGCGUUAAGAUGUUUUAUCAGCUUCACUGAUUUUAUGCCUUAUGCAAAUGAUAAUUUACUGAAUGAUAAAUGUCAUUUACCUGUUGAUUGACAGUAUAAGAGCACAGAAUAAAAUGCAUUUAAGUGGCU